AACAAAUCAGUCACUUUCUGAUGAGUUUGUGUUGACAUCAGUCUUAACGACAACUCAAUUAGAUUUGAAUGUAAUUUACAGUGAAUUGAGUGCAAAGAGAUCUGCAAUUCAUUACACCAUAAGAUAUGCCAUUAUUUCGUCGACUCGUAGCCAAUCCGCGUGCGAUCGCCGACAUCGAUGUCUUCACCAAAGUUGACCACAACUUCACUAAGACUACAGCAACGGGUGGAACAGUUUCGGUAUUGAGUUAUAUAUUAAUCGGCAUUUUAGUCAUGUUUGAGACGUCGGUGUAUCUCAAGUCCAGAAUCAAGUUCUUGUAUACCGUGGACACAGACUUUGACAGUAAAUUACAACUCAAUAUCGACAUUACUGUUGCCAUGAAUUGCGAGAGCAUUGGCGCCGAUAUCAUGGACUCAACCAAUACUAACAACGCCUACACUUACGGCCGACUCGUGGAAGAGCCGACAUAUUUCGAGUUAAGUCCCGGUCAGAGCACUCAGUGGGAAAUCAUCAGAUCUGUGAACAACUAUUUGCGUAAUGAACACCACACUCUUCAGGAGGUG